ACGGUCACACCGCUCCAAUUGCAACGAGAAAACGAACGAAUUGCAACGAGCAGGCGAAAAAUCACAAAAAGCGGAAAAUCACAACAAUCGUGGGUGCAAACGGAACGGAAACUGAGCUGCGAGGCAACGGUACGAAGACCCGGAAAAUCGGAUGGCACGCCAGUGAAAAGCGCGAAAGCAGAGGCGCACUUGGCGCGUUUCGAGGGGCGAAGCGCGUUGCGUUCUUUUCCAAACCGAUUUCGAUUCCGAAUCCAAAAACCAAACCAAUCCAAUCCCCACACUCACACGCCAACACCAGCACACACACACAGACACGCGCGCGCAUACAGUGAACGAGUGAAAGUGCAUCUACAUCUGUGAUUUCGUAUAUAAUAAUGCGUCGCGCAUACGCGGAUUUGGCCAGCAGAAGCACCAAAGACUAACAAGUGAUCCGGAUCCGGGGAUUGAGAGUUGGUUGGGCUAAUCCCCCGCCCCCGCCGUGUGAAACCCCGUGAAAUGGCCGAUCAGGUGGCGCACACCAAAGAAACGGAUGCGGAUGAGCCGCUGGUAAAUGGCGAACUGCCAUCGGGGGAGGAUACCCCUCCCUGCUGCCAUGUGAUGUCCCUGUCCGCCAUGGACGUGGAUGCGGACGCAGAUGUUGAUGUAGAUGCGGAUGCGGAGGCGGAUGCCACAUCCUGCUCCACUUCCCAGUUGAAUCCGUCGCCACCGCCUGCUGGUGUCCAACAGGCGAAGCCGGCACGGAGCAGCUCACCGCCAUGCCAUCUCCUGGAGCGGCUCAACUUUCCCGAGGGCAACAUCAUCAACACGCUGCACACGAUCCUCGCACUGCCUCCCUUCGAUCCUUAUGCCCCCGCCCCCAAGGCGGAGACGGUCUACAAGGAGGUGGUGUCGCUGAUGCAGUGGAGCCAGCGGGAGGACAACGCCAUCGAGCUGGAGCUCAGCGACAAGCUGCUCCACGAGUGCGAGCACAAGGGCGGCGAUCCCAACGAUGAGACGCGGUCGUACUUGAUGGCCAUUGAGAACAUGCGUCUCUUCUCUGAGGAUCCGAAGAAUCCGCUGCGUGACGCCGACGGACAGCUGCGUGCAAUUACGCUAUAUUUCCAGAAUCUUGCCUUCAUAUUUGUGAAACACCGGAAGGAGGAGUUCUUCACAUUUUGUUCCUGCAAGGAAUGUCUCGAAUACCGCGAAACCAUCAUGGCCAUCAUGAUGGAUCAAUUUAAGGCUGCGCACAUGGUGGUCAUGUUGCUGGACGUACUGAUCAAGGCCUACAGCCCCAUGUUGAAAAACGAUGCUGCCUACAAUAAGUUUGAGAAGCUGCUUGAAUGCAACAAGGAGAUCUAUUGGAUUACUAGCGGCUAUCUCUACGAUAAGAAUGCCGAAUAUCUUGAUUUUAUUGAUGACACAGCGAUCUCCGAUAAUAUGAUAUUAGUGCUAUUCAGCGCCAUCUUGAUGGCCAACAAUCCGAUGUUGCUGCUACAAAUACUCGCCUAUAAUGUGGAAUGCAUUGUGAAGGCAUUCUCCGAGGGCAUGAUCGAGAUCGCCCAGAAUAUUCAGGAGAACGAGAAGAUUUCCGCAGAGAGGAUGCUGACAUACAUUCUUGACGGUUACUCCGAUCUGAAUUGCAUCUCGCAGAAGAUCUCCCUCAGCCUGUUUGCGUUUGAGAACGAUUUCCUGCGCAAGUUCAAGCUCUCGUGGGUGCUCCUGUGCCAACGUCUGUUCCAGCAACAUGUGUUCACGCCCCUGGCGGAUACCAUGCUGGCCUGCAUCCUGUCCUUGAAGGAGGCGGCUCCAUCGGCCCAGACGACGGCGCUAAUCAAGAGGUACAUGCUGUUCGACGAGCACAUGCACUCUAUCGAGCGGCGCUGGACGGACAUCUGGAUCGAGCUGAACAAGUUCAACUUGUCGCCCACGGAGCACGAGCGCCGGAUGGGCCUGCUGGAUGUGUACAACAUAUUCGACAAGGUCGUCCUGGACGCCACCUCGUUCUCGCUGCCGGACAUCAGCGACGAUGAGUUCAUCGACUUCCAGCGCAUCGUGGAUCGCCAGCUGGCCUGGAAGAACAUCAUGGCCUUCACGAAGCUGAAGUGGCCCGACGGUUUCUACGAUCCGCCCAAUAAGUUGGUGCACGAGGAUCUCUGCAAGAAGUGCAAUUCGCUUCUCGAGCACCAUAACGAGAACUGUAAAUGCAUAACUUGCUCCAUCGCCGGCACUCCUUUGCGACCGCGACAAGCGGGCCAUUGUGCCAAGUGCACAACGCUCGGCAUUGUCGAGAAGGAUCCGAAGCUGAUGAAGUCCAAGAUCCUCAGCACCUGCACCAGUGACGAGGCUAAGCACAAUGCGGCUAUGGCGGCCACCUCGAGCUCUUCCGCCGCGCAGCAGCAGCAGCGACGCUCCAGCGAUCUCCCGGAGGAUGAGUCACCAUCCGGAAGCGGCGGCAGCAGCAGCGGAUCGGUGUUCCGGCGACAGGCGGAGCAGACCGAUACCCUGCGAACCACAUAUCACAUCGCAUGGGCGGUGUUCCAGCACCUGACCACCAGGAAGCGGUACCGCCACGAGUCGAUCGAGGCGCAGUUCUUCUGCGGCGAGAACUGUCGGGUCUCCGCCUGCCAGCUGGCCAGAAAGAUCCUGGCCAACCAGCUGUCACCGCCGCUGACCAAGUAUCUGCUGCGUUGCUUCCAGCCGCUGUCGUUCACGCGGGAGGAGCUGCGCUCCACGCUGCCCUCGCUGAUGUUCUUCAACCGCAAGCUGGCUCCGAGUCCGGCCGAGCUGCAGGAGCUGAGGAAUCAGCACUACGUGUACAAAACCUACUGGACCUUCGUCCUCUCCAUCUACGCCAACUUCUUUGUGAAAUUCAACUCAAGCAGCACGGACUUUGGUCACCUGGAACUGCUCAAGGGGGAUCUUCGCCUGCGGCUGAAUAGUGUAAUUGGCGACAAAGACGACGGUCGGUUCGAGCAGUUUUUGGCCCAGGUUAUUGGAUACUCACCUUUCAAAAUCACUGAUGAUUUUACGCUGGGUGAUGCCAACAUAGAGAAGAUGCAGUUUGGAGUGGAUCAGCUCAUGAUGUUGCACGAUUCUCAGAUAAUAAAACGCACUAAACCAGAUAGCACCACGGGUCUAUCGGGUGCCAAAUCCAAGGCUGGAGAGUCGAACUUGUCGCAAUCCGGAGGAAGAAAUGGCGAUGCGGCAGGCAACAAGAAGAGCAAGGAAAAGAUGCGCAAAUGCUGUGCCGACUAUGCGGAUAUUGGUGAGCCCUGCAAGGAGAAUCACUCAAAGAAACGUGUCAAAAAGGAGUGCAACCAUGCGCGGUUCAAUGAGACGCGUGACCGUCUACGUAAGAAGCUCUCUCAGAUUGUGAACGACCGGAAAACCAAGUCCACGGAGGAGGCACCGCCAUCCAAGGCUAAAUCCACCAUGCCGGAGCCAGCUGCUGUGCCCGCGCCGGUAGCGAUCCCACCGAAGCGGCCGCCUAAGGCCGAAUCCCUUCCGCCGAACCAGCCACCAAGCCUGAAAGUGUUCGCCACGGCACAACUUCAGUCCUCCAGCAAUCCUCGGAAGAUGCCUCCGGCAGCUGCUGCAGCGGCUGCGGCAGCUCUGAACGAGAUUGGUGACCAGGAGGAGCAGGAGGGCGACAACAGUCUGCUGCGCCUGGACAGCCUCUGCAAGCGGCUCCAGAUGCAUACAGAUGCCUCGGACGCCUCCGCUGCGGCAACGGCGGCCGAAGCUGCGGCUGCUGUGGCCGCUUUCAAACGUGGAGGAGGCUUUCCAGCGGACUACAGCAAAGAGGACAUGAUGCAGGACUUUGCCGAGUUCCUGGGCACCUAUACCUAUACCCGUGAACAGGACCAACAGCGCUGGAUAAACGAGACCCUCAACUUUAUCGAGGGCAAGUCCCAGCAGCCGCAGACCGCCAACCCGAAGAAGGCAGCCAAGAAGGCCAAGCAGAAGAUGCGCAAGGAGGAGGAGAAGCGCAUCAAGGAACUUGAGGACCUACGCGGACAGUUCCUGGAUAUCUACUUCAAGGAGUUCAUCGACAAGUACGAAAUGAAGGCGCUGACGGCUGCGGGCGGCCGGAAAAGGGAGAAGAAGCGCAUCGGCGAGCUGGAGGCGAAUAUCAAGAACCUACAGCGGGCCAAGGCUAAGGUGGAGACGGUGAUCCUCGAACUUAUUGCCACCGUCAAGCAGACGAACAACGAGUUCAAGUUCUCCUACCUGCCCACGAAGCAGCAACAGCUGGCCAAGAUGGCCCAGCUGGAGGAAAUCCUUAAUGGAGUCUCGACCGCUCCCGCUGUCGAGACCGUUAGACAGGCACCGCCGCAGUCAGCUUCGCAGUAUCCAGAGUUCAGCAGCAGCACCUCCUAUUAUUCACCGCCAGGAUUAGGGCAGCAGAACACCCCCGUGUGUUUUGCUCCUCCCCAGCAGUCGCAAAAUCCGCCUCAACUCUCACGGGAUGUGAUUGCCGCCAUGGCGGCCAACUCCAUCACUGCCGAUCCCUCCAAGCGCAUUGUGACCAUACGCCGGGUGCAGCUGCCCCAUCCGGGCGCCGAGCAGCAGGUGACCGUGGUGGCCAAGGGCAGUGCUCCACACGAGGACAAACUACUGUACACCUUUGUCAACGGACACAUGGUGGCUUCCGGUCCGGCUCAGCCGGAAGAAACUGCUGCUCCGCCUGUCGCAGUUCCGGCUCCAGCGCCCAGUAUUCCCGAAAAGAGCGCCAAGGCCAAGAAGAAAGAGGCUAAGCGAGCGGCAGCGGCGGCGGCGGCAGCAGCAGCGGCGGAGGCAGAAGCUGCAGCGGCGGCGGCGGCGGCAGCAGCAGCUGCUGCGGCUGAAAAGGAAGUCAAGCUGAAAAGCAAGAAGCAGGCGAAGAAAUCAGCCGUUGCUGUGGCCACCGCAUCGAGUUCCACUGCGAGCAGCAACUCCUCCAAGACCCAGACGCCGCAGAGCACGCGCGAGAGUUCGGUGUGCAGUGUGAAGCCAAAGACUGCACCCAAGAAGCCGACUGCCAAGCCACCCAAGGUGGUGGAAGUUGCGCCAGCGCCCGUUCCAGAGCCGGAGCCACCGAAGAAGCAGAAGCGUCUUAAGUCGAGGCUGGACCCUGGCCAGCUGGACAACAAUCCAUUCAAGUCGCUGCACAUGCAGGAUUCGUCGGAGGGCGAGUGGGAAACUGGCAGUGAGUCGGAAGACGGCGAGGAAGUCCCAGCACCAGCGCCGCCGCCAAUUAGGCAGCAGCCCAAACUGCCAGCUGCUCCUGCGCCCAAGCCAAUUGCUCCUCCAGUGGCCACAAAGGCGAAGCCAGCUCCGGCACCAGUCGCCGCUCCGGUCAAGAAGGUUAAGCAACAGGAGGCUCCUCAGAAACAGCAGCAGGCGCCGCAGCCUGCGAAGGUUCAAGCCCAGACAAGAGGCAAGUCUUCUUCUGCUUCCGCUGGAAAGUCCAAUCCGCCACAGCAGCAGCAGCAGUAUCAGCAGGAAAAAGCGCCGCCUGCCAAGAGCCAGUCGCAGCGUCCUACAGAAUCGUCGAGAAAGCAGAAACAGGCUCCUGCGCAUCUCGAAUCCAAUCGCAGCGCUCCAAUCCAGCCGCCUCCGCAGACACACCAGCAGUCGCGAGGUGGACGGGGCAAUGGUCGGACCAAGCCCUCAACCGGUGGUCAACAGCAACAGGUCCAGCAGCACUCCAACCCUCAUUCAGUUGAGGCGAGUGCUCCUCCAAAGAGAUCGCAGCGCGGUAAGCGCGGACAUCGCCAAAAGCAGGAGGAUCUCUCCGGCAUUCCACACAACAUGGGCUAUUUCAAUCCCAACGAAGUUGCCAUACCUCCGCCGCAAACUGGAAGCUAUGCCAGCACCCUGACCCAGCAGAUGCAGCACUUGCGGAUCGGCCAGUCAGGUGGCAGUUCCAGCUCGAAGCAGGCAUCGCAGUCUCCCAACUGCAGCAUCAUGGACCAGCUGAACCGUGGUGUGCAGGUGGAGCAUCUCUCUCUGCCGCCUGGUAUCACGCUUACCAAGGUGGACCCGGCCAAGAGCGAGCAGUUGCGCCAGAAGAGCGAGUCCAUUCGACUGCUGUCCAAGCCUCUGGCCGAGCAGCAGCAGCAGCCACAGCAGCACCACUUCCAGCAGCCGUCGCACCUUCUGUCGAGCUACUACGGAGCAGCCGGAGCCGCUGGCAUGGAUCCCAACGGUGUAAUCAUGGUUGAGGCCAACCCGCGGCCAAAUCGCAAUAGCCAAGCUCCGUCUGCUCCUCCAAACGUGGCUGCAGCGGCCUCGGCGGCAAGUGCCAGCGGGAAAUCCUCCAGGCGUCGCCGUCGCAACCGUGGAAAAUCUGGUGGUGGGGGCAGCGGCAACAUUGGCAGCUCUGGAGCGCCUAAUAAGCAGCGUUCGGGAGGAGGAGGAGGCGGAAAUGGUUCUGCGGAUAGCCAAAAACCAGCGGUCUCGCCAGCCACCAUCGAAGCCAAUGCCAGUGGCAAUAUUAUCACCCUGCGCAAUCCAAUGUUCCACCAGGGCAAUGGGCCAGUGGCCGGCGGAGGUAUGAUGCCACCCAAUCCCAACCCGAUGCCGCCAGUGCGAAACUUUGCUGCAGGACUACCCGUUGCCCCACCCAUGGCCAUGGAUCAACCUGCCGCAAUCAUCAAGAACGAGAACGGCAUGUUCACCAUACGCAAUCCGGCGCUUCACCAGGCGGUGACCAAUGGCUUGGCCAUGGGCGGUUACCGGCAGUUUGGCAGCAAUGUCAACUACUAUACGCCCCAGGAAGCUGUGGCCGAGGCGGCUCGAGCCACGCAGCAGAAGCAGCAGCAUCAGCAGGCCACUGGUGCCAAUGUUGGCGGCCAAGUCGUCGGCAGCAGCAAUACCUCGAAUUUCUCCUACUUCUCCAGCGGAUCGGCCAGUGGCAACAGCAGCGGAAGCAGCAACGGCGGCAACGGGACGCACAACAAUAUCAGUAUUAGCUGUACCAACGUUCCCCCUAGCAACGCCGAAAGCGGAGGCAACAGUCCUGGCAGACUGGUCGGCGAUGCGGCAGUGAUUGCCCGUCCCAAGCAAUCGCAAAAAUGUCUUUCGGCCAUUGGCAGUGAGCUGAAGCAAAAGGCCAAGGACAGCAAGUGGACGGGCUAUGGUCAGCAGCAGCAGCAGUCGUCGGAUUACAAUUCGGCGGGAGCAGGAGGAGGCGUUCCUUUGCAGGAGAAGUACCAGCAGUCGAGCUACUACAACGGCUUCGAGGUGUUCUCAGCGGCAGCUGCCGCCGCUUCACAAGGUCCUGGCAGCGGCGGUGGAUCGAGCGAAUGCCACAUGCAUCACAGCUGUGGCGACGACUCUCCGCCGCCCACCAUCACCGGUUUCAAUUCCUACCUGGAGGGCAUCCCGAACACCGGGGUCAUUCGCUACGACGACGCCGCUUUCCUCAAGAACUUGAUACCGGGCCAGCAUCUCAACAACGAGGUCUCCAUACACAAUAUAUCGGAGUCCAACUUCACGCGCAACAACGCGUCGCCAUCGCCGCACCACGUGGAGAUCACCAGCGUAUUUGGCAGCCGGGUGCGUUCCUCGAACGCCUACGAUCCUCAGCAGCAGCAGCAGGGUCCAGGUUCCAACUACUGCGACAACGUGGCCGCCGACUAUGGAAGUGAUUCCCACCUCUUUGUCCAGAACAAUCUGCUGACGCGAAUGCCACAGCCGCCGGCGCCACCGGAUCCCUUUGGCUACGACUUCGACCCCUCGGUGGUGCCGGGCGGAGGUUCGAAGGCAGCCAGUGUGGCCAGCGACCUGAACGAAUUCCUGCGCCGCAGUCCGCUCAGCCAGCGAACCUCGCCGUACAGCCAGGACGAGAGUGCCGCCGCCCUGGAGACGUUCGUCCAGAACAUGAGCGCGCUGCAGAUCGCGAGCGAUGCCGAGCAGUGCUCGCGGCUCAAUGGCACGGCAACUGGGGGUGGACCGGGCGAUGCCCCCUCGGCGGAUGCCACCGCCGGAGGAGCCGCCAAUGCGGCCGCCGCCUGGUGGUGAGCCACAUGACAAGAGGUGCUGCAUGGCCAGCAGAUUGAUUUGAACUCCUUACAUUCAUCCCACUCUCACAUACGCAGACAUUUCAUCGAUAGGGCUGAGAAACGAUAAAUGAAAACCAGAAAAGAACGAAACAUAAAAAUACAAAAACAGAAAAGCAUCCAAGAAAUCAUUUAAAAUGGCUUAGGAGUCAAUUUCAAUGUUUCAACAAAAAAGAGAAAAAUAAAGAAAAAAUUAACUUAAAUGGAAGUUCA